AUGACCUCCUAUUCCCGCUCGGUCACAUAUUCCACUGGAAACCGUGCCUCCAUGAGGACCCCCAGUGUGUAUGGCGGCGCCGGAGGCAGUGGAGUUCGCAUUUCCAGCAUGAGCAGCCCCAGAAGCUUCUCCUCUGCUGGCGCAGGGUUUUCUGCGACUGGAGCACGGUUUUCUGCUGCUGGAGCUGGUGUUGGUGCUAGUGCUGGCUUUGACCUGGCUGAUGCCAUCUCCGAUAACAAGAAAGUGACCAUGCAGAACCUGAACGACCGCCUUGCCAACUACUUGACCCAGGUGCGUGACCUAGAGAAGGCCAAUGCCGAGCUGGAGCUGAAAAUCAGGAAAUUCCUGGAGAACAAGACCAAACCUGAAGGCCACGACUUUGCUGCAUUCAAGGUCACCAUUGGCGACCUGCAGGACCAGAUCUUCCUUGCCACCCGCACAAAUGGAUCUCUCUACCUGGCCAUCGAUAAUGCCAAGCUGGCCGCUGAUGACUUCAAGGUCAAGUUUGAGAAUGAGCUGGCCAUGCGUCAGUCGGUGGAGGCUGACAUUGCUGGGUUGAAGAGAGUCCUGGAUGAGCUGACUCUGGGAAGAUCUGACCUGGAGAUGCAGAUCGAAGCGCUGAGGGAAGAACUCAUCCAGCUCAAGAAGAACCAUGAAGAGGAUCUGCUGGCUCUGCGGUCCCAGAUGGGAGGUCAAGUGAAUGUGGAGGUGGAUGCUGCGCCACAGCAGGACCUGUCUGCCGUCAUGGCCACAAUGAGAGAACACUAUGAGACCGUCGCUAACAAGAACCGCAAAGACCUGGAGGCCUGGUUCGUCACCAAGACUGAAGUGCUCAAUAAGGAGGUCGCCGCAAGCACAGAGACCCUUCAGUCAUCACGGUCUGAGAUCACAGAAGUCAAACGCUCACUGCAGGGCCUGGAAAUCGAGCUACAAGCACAGCUCAGCAUGAAAGCGUCUCUGGAAGGAACCUUUGCAGACGCACAGACCCGCUACGCCAACAUGCUGGAAGGUUACCAGAGGCAGGUUACCGCUCUGGAGGCCCAGCUGGCCCAGCUGAGGGCUGACAUGGAGCGCCAGGGAAACGAGUACCAGAUGCUGCUAGACACCAAGACCAAACUGGAGAUGGAGAUCACUGAGUACAGGAGGCUGCUGGAUGGGGAGUUGUUCAGCCCGUCUGCCACCACCAAAGUCCUGAUCAUCACCAAAGAUGUCAGCGACGAUGAGGUCAGCUCUGAAACUCAGGAGUAA